AUGACUUCAGGCACAAAAGUUUCCUUCAAAAUUAUUCUUGCAUCAGAUAGAAAUAGGCCUUACAAGAUACUGUCAGUGCCAGAAGAUGCUCCAUUUACUGCUGUAAUUAAGUUUGCAUCUGAGCAAUUUAAAGUAUCUUCUGCUACAAGCGCAGUAAUAACUUUAGAAGGAGUUGGAAUAAAUCCAAACAAUACUGCAGGACAAAUAUUUCUUAAGCAUGGGUCGGAGCUACAGCUAAUUCCAAGAGAUCGAGUUGGCGGUAGUAGUAUUUUCACUAUUUUUACCAAGGUAUAG